UUGCGCAAGCAAUCAAGCACGGAACUUUCAGUAGCACCAAAUCCAACAUCCUGCGACUUGUCCCCGACAUGCGCGCGCAACCGACUUGGCGAUGCUUCACUCACAUACUUUGGUCAAAGCUGCUGACGCAUCACAACCCCUCCCCCUCCGUGCUCGUGUACAAUGUCGUGAUACCCUCCAAAUCUUAACCCACGUCUACUGUGUGUAGGGUAGCCUCCCGAGCCGAUCUGGUCUGGUCCCCGCUAGAUGCAUGACGGCCCCGCCAAUUACCGCAAGCGGCGCGAAAUCCAAGUCCGCUCAUUUCACUAAAGUUCCAGUCGUGUCACCGCCGAUGUAAACAGUCCUCUGCGUGCAUGGUCGUGUGCGCAUACUGUUCAGCCCGCUCGUCCCACGCCGCCUCGUAAGCUGGUCUUGCAAUCAUGGAAGGCGACGAUCCACCUGUCGCCACCCGACAGCCCAUAACCCCCCCUUUGACCACGGGCCAGAAGACAGCUGUGUUGAGGCUGAGCAAGGCUAGUGUUGCCGAUUUCACGAGGGAACUUGAAGGCCUGCAAGAGAGAGCCAACCAGGAACUUAAUGAAGCUGCCGUCAGAGCCAUCCGGAGCACUAUCAGACAGGCCCCCAAGCAGGAUGCCCCCAAAGUCGAUCUUUUUGCAAAUCUGCGCGGGAGAAACCGAGAGCCUGGGCAGCAGAGCCCGCAGUGCAAGAUCACAUUAAAGAACCCUUCCAAACCAGCAAUACAGACCUCUCGCAGCGUCAUUGAAAUUACUACCGAUGUGGAACGGGCACCCGCCUAUGACUACCCCAGCCUCGAGGUCGAUAGGCUUAUACCUGCUCCGCAGACAGCGAAUGCAUAUCAACCUCACAAGGGCGACAUUCUGGACGAAGGGAGACGGCAGCAGUGGAGGAACCACAUACGCGAGCUGCACGAGUCUAACAUUGCAAGCCUCGAGGGUAUUCCCAUCAGGAAGAAGCUAAAAACUAUGGUCCAUCACGAGAGGCUUCUGCAAGCAGGGCUAUACCUAAAGUUAUGGCUGGAAGAGAAUGGCUGUUCCGUGAUACUCGACGCCUUAAGGUAUCUAGACAAACAGCAGCCCGAGCUAACCGAGGAGAUCCAACAAUUGACCGCUAAAAUCCGGACGGCCUGGGCCUCUGUCUAUCAUAAGGACGGACAAGUGCGCAACAUCCAACUGGAGAAAGUGUACCUCGACGAGGCUCUUAACGCUAUUCCAACUGCAGAGGACGUAUCUGCCGCUCCAGACGACAACAAUAUAUACAAAAGGCUGGCCUGUGCAAUAUGUUUCAAGCACGUCUGCGAACAUGGCUAUUACGCGAAUGAUAACCAGCGACAGCGCUUCCUGACCCAUGACCCCCCGAACCCCACGCCCGACACCAGCAGGACGCCCGAGCCGAAUCCCUGGUACACGCGAGGCAAAAAGAGGUUGAGGGGGUUGGCGAGCGAUCACGAGCACCAGAAGCCAAAUUGGGACCAUCCUAACAGACGAUGGGACAAUGUCUGCGGCCUUCGAGGCUGCGACCACGAUGGGCCCUGCGAUAACACAUGCCUAUGCGUUAAGGCGGAAUUGCUCUGCGAAAAGUACUGUCGAUGCACGACCGAGUGUUGCGAAUGGAAGUUUACCGGCUGCGCAUGCCACAGCAGUAGCAAGAAUUGCUUUGUCGGCCAGGAGGUAAAAGCACGCCGGCCCCUGCUAAAGAAAGGACGCGCGAAGCCAAAGGUCGACGCAUGCAUUUGCGUCCAGCUCAACCGUGAGUGUGACCCGGACCUGUGCGGCACAUGUGGUGCGAGGGAGGCUGCAGACCCUCUGAGCACCGAACCGGUUCACACGUGCCAGAACGUAACCUUGACCAGUGGGAAGUCGUGGCGCGUGGCUAUCGGUAAAAGUUGCACACACGGAUACGGCCUCUUCGCCGCCGAGAAGAUACCCAAGCAUGCCAGUGUUAUCGAGUACACAGGCGAGUUAGUGUCCGGCAUCGAGGGCGAGCGCAGAGAUGCAGAGUUACGCGCCCCCUUUGAGGGCACGCGGGCCAUGUCGUAUAUGUUCACUAUGAUUGGAAAUCCCGAAAGUGUCGGGAAAAGUGUUUGGAUUGACGGUGCCAAGUACGGCAACCUCAGUCGCUACAUUAAUAGCGAAUCGCGCGACUCCUCGCUCAUCAACCUCAAGCCGAAGCAUGUCAUCGUCAAUGGCACAAUGCGAAUCGUGCUCGUGGCGCGCAGAGACAUUGCGCCGUGGGAAGAGCUCUUCUUCAAUUACGGUUCUCAUUUCUUCAAGGGACAGGGUGCUCGAAAGGGAAAGGGCGGCAAGAAGAAAGGACCGGGUCGUCUGCGUAAAGCUGAGGUGGCCAAGGACGUCCCAAGGGCGGCCACUGCCACACCGAACAGAGCCAAAGCGCAGGAGCCGGCUCUCAACACACGUGCGAGGACCGCUGAAGCGGCGGUGGCGGGACCCAGCAGACUUCCUCCGGCAGAGGCAGAGCUGAAACCUGCAGAGCGCAAGAGUUCACGCAAUGUUGCCAUGAUGCACCAAAAUGCUCCCAAUAAAAGGGCAAAAACUGGACCAGCUACUUCACGAGGCGAAUCUCCCGCUUCCGAGACGGAAAUAAGUGAUAGUCAGGGGGACGAUGGAAGUGUAGAUGAAGAAUAUGAGGAAGAGGACGAGGGAGAGGAAGGGGUGGAAGAGUCCCCAGAACGAGAGAGUUCCAGCGAGGUCUCCAGUGAAGCUGAGGAUACAGACACCGUGAAUCAUGGGCAUCGGCAGCUGCGGUCAGGUUCAAAUCUUGUCCUGCGCAGCAGGGCGCGUCGAGGGAUGAAUUGAACGGUCAUAAGAUGCGGCUAUCGUACAUGUACCGAUACAAUACACUAGGUAGACUAGAGAGAUCUCAAACCAGGAC